AUGAUAACGACUAACUGGGCCCAGCUUGCUCAGUAGAAUUAGCGAACUAGCUAGCUAGCUAACUAGCCAGUUUGGCGUUUGGUAUACAAGAACUAUUCACUAUAUCAUCACAUCUAGCUUAUAGACCUACAUUUCAAAAGCCUAAGCGGCGUGUAUGUGAACGUUGAUGCUUUUUGACGGCGUACCAGCUGGAGUGAAGUUGUCAAAGACUACUGACGAAAUGGAACCAUGAAUUAUGCACGCUUUUUGACCGCUGUCAGCGCAGCCCGGAAACCUUCUGCAAUCCGUAUGCUAACGGAGUUGCAACAGCGUUCUCCGGCGUCCCUCAUCUCCCUCGCGGGUGGGGCUCCUAACCCCAACACCUUCCCCUUCCAGUCUGCCACUAUCCAAGUGAAGAAUGGGGAACCUUUGGUGUUUGACGAGACCACAAUGAAGAGGGCACUGCAGUACUCUGGAUCUUAUGGCAUCCCAGAGCUGGUCUCGUGGAUGAAGGAGCUGCAGAAGAACCUGCACAACCCCCCCACUGCAGGCUACAGCCCCGAGAGAGGCCAGAUGGAGCUGUGUGUGACCACUGGCAGUCAGGAGGGCCUGUGCAAGGUGUUUGAGAUGCUGGUGAAUCCUGGAGACAACGUGUUGCUGGAUGCGCCCACAUACUCCGGCACGCUGGCAGCGCUCCAACCGCUGGGCUGUAACCUCAUCAACGUUCCCAGCGACCAGCACGGCAUGAUCCCGGAGGGCCUGCAGGACAUCCUGUCUCGCUGGGACCCGUCGGACGCCCGCAAGCCCGGCAGCAACCUGCCCCGGGUGCUGUACACCAUCCCCAACGGGGGCAACCCCACUGGAGCCUCCAUGACCACGGAGCGCAAGCAGAGGGUCUACGACCUGGCCAGAAAGUAUGACCUCCUCAUCGUGGAGGAUGACCCCUAUUACUUCCUGCAGUUUCAGAAGCCCUUGGCCCCCACCUUCCUGUCCAUGGACGUUGACGGACGCAUCAUCCGCACCGACUCCUUCUCCAAGAUCCUGUCGUCCGGAUUGAGGAUAGGGUUCGUCACAGGGCCGAAGCCAUUGGUUGACCGAGUGGUUCUCCAUAUCCAGGCCUCCACCAUGCACACCAGCACCUUCACACAGCUCAUGGUGUCCCAGCUGCUUCAGGCCUGGGGUCAGGAGGGCUUCCUCAACCACAUCGAUGGGGUGGUGGAGUUCUACCGCGCUCAGAGGAACGCCAUGAUCUCCUCCGCUGAGAAGUGGCUGACAGGCCUGGCAGAGUGGCACGCUCCCGCCGCGGGCAUGUUCCUGUGGAUGAGGCUCAAGGGCGUGGCCGACACGCAGCAGCUCAUCAUGGAGAAGGCGCUGGAGAAAGAGGUGCUCCUGGUUCCUGGAGGAGUGUUCACCAUCAACAGUUCAGAGCCUUGCCCUUACGUCAGAGCUGCCUUCUCCCUCUCCACCCCAGAACAGAUGGAUGAGGCAUUCAAGAGGCUGUCUGCUCUCAUUAAGGAGGCCCAGUGAAGCAUCCUGGCAUGGAGAUGAAUAAUGUGUCAUGGCCACAGAGGACACACAAGGAAAUUGAAGAUGGUUUUAAUGGCGUUUACACACCAUACACCUUAUCUGUAGCCGGUCCUCAGGUCUGGCCGGAUGAAACGUGUUGAUUGAUGUACAGAUCACCGAGCUGUGCUUUACUCUGUGCAAUGUAUUCUUCAUUCUAAAAUGAAGGUCUGGGUAGAGAAUAAGAUCUGUGUGUAUUUAUUACUGAUAAGUGAUGUCUGACAGUAGAACACUAACCAUGAUUUAAAUUCUGUUAUAAUUUAAAUGUAUUUUAUUUGUUAAAGAAAAGGGUUUAUUUUUCUCAUCAAGUCUUGUAUUGUAACAUAUUAACUUUAUGAGUGUCUGAAAAUGUUUUGAUCACAUUUGAUUUUAUGGUCAAAUGAUUUUAUGAUGAAAUGUGAUCAAAUUAUUCUUUUUUUUUGUUUGUUUUCAAAUGUGUUCACUGUAUGGUCUAACCCUCCUAUGCAAUAAACACACAAGACUUCCAUA